UGGUCCUCAGUUAAAGAUUGUGCUAUUGUUGGGAAUUACUAGAAUUUAACCAGAAGAAAUUUGCUCUUUUUCUUACAGUUCUGACCCACUUCAAGGUUUCAUCUCUACAGGCAAGGUCCUUAGCGGGGCUGCCAUCAUAACCUGCAGCCAUGAGUUCUGACGCUGACAUGGCCAUUUUUGGGGAGGCUGCUCCUUACCUCCGGAAGUCUGAAAAGGAGCGCAUUGAGGCUCAGAACAAGCCCUUUGAUGCCAAGACAUCUGUCUUCGUGGCGGACCCAAAAGAGUCCUUUGUGAAAGCAACAGUGCAGAGCAGGGAAGGGGGGAAGGUGACAGCCAAGACUGAAGGUGGAUCUACAGUAACGGUGAAAGAUGACCAGGUGUUCCCCAUGAACCCUCCCAAGUAUGACAAGAUCGAGGACAUGGCCAUGAUGACUCACCUGCAUGAGCCUGCGGUGCUGUACAACCUCAAAGAGCGUUACGCAGCCUGGAUGAUCUACACCUACUCAGGCCUCUUCUGUGUCACCGUCAACCCCUACAAGUGGCUGCCGGUGUACAAUGCAGAGGUGGUGACGGCCUACAGAGGCAAAAAGCGCCAGGAGGCCCCGCCCCACAUCUUCUCCAUCUCUGACAAUGCCUAUCAGUUCAUGCUGACUGAUCGGGAGAACCAGUCUAUCUUAAUCACUGGAGAAUCUGGUGCUGGGAAGACUGUGAACACGAAGCGUGUCAUCCAGUACUUUGCAACAAUUGCAGUUACUGGGGACAAGAAGAAGGAGGAACCAACUUCUGGCAAAAUGCAGGGGACCCUUGAAGAUCAAAUCAUCAGUGCCAACCCCCUACUGGAGGCCUUUGGCAAUGCCAAGACUGUGAGGAAUGACAACUCCUCUCGCUUUGGUAAAUUCAUCAGGAUCCACUUUGGUACCACGGGAAAGCUGGCUUCUGCUGAUAUUGAAACCUAUCUUCUGGAGAAGUCUAGAGUUACUUUCCAGCUAAAGGCUGAAAGAAGCUACCAUAUUUUUUAUCAGAUCAUGUCUAAUAAGAAGCCAGAUCUAAUUGAAAUGCUCCUGAUCACCACCAACCCAUACGACUAUGCCUUCGUCAGCCAGGGAGAGAUCACAGUCCCCAGUAUUGAUGACCAAGAAGAGCUGAUGGCCACUGAUAGUGCCAUUGACAUUCUGGGCUUUACUUCUGAUGAAAGAGUGUCCAUCUAUAAGCUCACCGGGGCUGUGAUGCAUUAUGGGAACAUGAAAUUCAAGCAAAAGCAGCGUGAGGAGCAAGCAGAGCCCGACGGCACUGAAGUUGCUGACAAGGCAGCCUAUCUCCAGAAUCUGAACUCUGCUGACCUGCUCAAAGCACUCUGCUAUCCCAGGGUCAAGGUCGGCAAUGAGUAUGUCACCAAAGGCCAGACUGUGCAGCAGGUGUACAAUGCAGUGGGUGCUCUGGCCAAAGCCGUCUAUGAGAAGAUGUUCCUGUGGAUGGUCACCCGCAUCAACCAGCAGCUGGACACCAAGCAGCCCAGGCAGUACUUCAUCGGGGUCUUGGACAUUGCUGGCUUUGAGAUCUUUGAUUUCAACAGCCUGGAGCAGCUGUGCAUCAACUUCACCAAUGAGAAGCUGCAACAGUUUUUCAACCACCACAUGUUCGUGCUGGAGCAGGAGGAGUACAAGAAGGAAGGCAUCGAGUGGGAGUUCAUCGACUUUGGGAUGGACCUGGCUGCCUGCAUCGAGCUCAUUGAGAAGCCAAUGGGCAUCUUCUCCAUCCUGGAAGAGGAGUGCAUGUUCCCCAAGGCAACAGACACCUCCUUCAAGAACAAGCUUUAUGAGCAACAUCUUGGAAAGUCCAACAACUUCCAGAAGCCCAAGCCCGCCAAAGGCAAGCCUGAGGCCCACUUCUCGCUGGUGCACUAUGCCGGCACCGUGGACUACAACAUAAUUGGCUGGCUCGAUAAGAACAAGGACCCCCUGAAUGAGACAGUGGUUGGGCUGUACCUGAAGUCUUCCAUGAAAACUCUGGCUUAUCUCUUCUCUGGAGCAGCAGCUGCUGCAGAAGCAGAGUCUGGCGGUGGGAAGAAAGGUGGCAAGAAGAAGGGUUCUUCUUUCCAGACCGUGUCCGCUCUCUUCCGGGAGAAUCUGAAUAAGCUGAUGACCAAUCUGAGGAGCACUCACCCCCACUUUGUGCGGUGCAUCAUCCCCAAUGAAACAAAAACUCCUGGCGCCAUGGAGCACGAACUGGUCCUGCACCAGCUGAGGUGCAACGGUGUGCUGGAAGGCAUCCGCAUCUGCAGAAAAGGGUUCCCAAGCAGAAUCCUUUAUGCAGACUUCAAACAGAGAUACAAAGUAUUAAAUGCAAGUGCUAUCCCUGAAGGACAAUUCAUUGACAGCAAGAAGGCUUCUGAGAAGCUCCUUGGGUCCAUUGACAUUGACCACACCCAGUAUAAAUUUGGUCACACCAAGGUCUUUUUCAAAGCUGGUCUUCUGGGGCUCCUAGAGGAGAUGAGAGAUGAGAAGCUGGCUCAACUGAUUACGCGAACCCAGGCCAUGUGCAGAGGGUUCUUGGCAAGGGUGGAGUACCAGAAGAUGGUGGAGAGGAGAGAGUCCAUCUUCUGCAUCCAGUACAAUGUCCGUGCUUUCAUGAACGUGAAGCACUGGCCAUGGAUGAAGCUGUAUUUCAAGAUCAAGCCCCUCCUCAAGAGUGCAGAGACAGAGAAGGAGAUGGCCAACAUGAAGGAAGAAUUUGAAAAAACUAAAGAAAGUCUUGCAAAGUCUGAGGCCAAAAGAAAGGAGCUGGAAGAAAAAAUGGUAGCUCUGAUGCAAGAGAAAAAUGACUUGCAACUCCAGGUUCAAGCUGAAGCAGAUAGCUUGGCUGAUGCAGAGGAAAGAUGCGACCAGCUGAUCAAAACCAAAAUCCAGCUGGAGGCCAAAAUCAAGGAGGUGACUGAGAGAGCUGAGGAUGAGGAAGAGAUUAAUGCUGAGCUGACAGCCAAGAAGAGGAAACUGGAGGAUGAGUGCUCAGAACUGAAGAAAGACAUAGAUGACCUUGAGCUGACACUGGCCAAGGUUGAGAAGGAGAAGCACGCCACAGAGAACAAGGUGAAAAACCUCACAGAGGAGAUGGCAGGCCUGGAUGAAACCAUCGCUAAGCUGACCAAGGAGAAGAAGGCCCUCCAAGAGGCCCACCAGCAGACCCUGGAUGACCUGCAGGCAGAGGAGGACAAAGUGCGGACAGUGUGGCCGAGCUCGGGGAGCAGCUUGACAACCUGCAGCGGGUCAAGCAGAAGCUGGAGAAGGAGAAGAGUGAGAUGAAGAUGGAGAUUGAUGACCUUGCUAGUAACAUGGAGACUGUCUCCAAAGCCAAGGGAAACCUUGAGAAGAUGUGCCGGACACUGGAAGAUCAACUGAGUGAACUAAAGACCAAGGAGGAGGAGCAGCAGCGGAUGAUCAACGAGCUGACAGCACAGAGGGCGCGUCUGCAGACGGAAUCAGGUGAGUAUUCACGCCAGCUGGAUGAAAAGGACUCAUUAGUGUCUCAGCUCUCAAGGGGCAAACAAGCGUUCACACAGCAGAUUGAGGAACUGAAGCGGCAGCUUGAGGAGGAGGUGAAGGCCAAGAGUGCCCUGGCCCAUGCACUGCAGUCCUCCCGCCAUGACUGUGACCUCCUGCGGGAGCAGUACGAGGAGGAGCAGGAAGCCAAGGCUGAACUGCAGAGGGCCAUGUCCAAGGCCAACAGUGAGGUUGCCCAGUGGAGGACCAAGUAUGAGACGGACGCCAUCCAGCGCACGGAGGAGCUGGAGGAGGCCAAGAAGAAGCUGGCUCAGCGUCUGCAGGAUGCUGAGGAACACGUAGAAGCUGUGAAUGCCAAAUGCGCCUCCCUGGAGAAGACAAAGCAGAGGCUGCAGAAUGAGGUCGAGGACCUCAUGAUUGACGUGGAGAGAUCCAACGCUGCCUGUGCAGCCCUGGACAAAAAGCAAAGAAAUUUCGAUAAGAUUCUGGCAGAAUGGAAACAGAAAUAUGAAGAAACACAUGCUGAACUCGAAGCUUCUCAAAAGGAGUCCCGCUCACUUAGCACAGAGCUGUUCAAGGUUAAAAAUGCUUAUGAGGAAUCCCUAGACCAACUUGAGACCUUGAAGCGGGAAAAUAAGAAUUUGCAGCAGGAGAUUUCUGAUCUCACUGAACAGAUUGCAGAAGGAGGGAAACGUAUCCAUGAACUGGAAAAAGUGAAGAAGCAGGUUGAACAAGAAAAGACUGAGCUUCAGGCUGCUUUGGAGGAGGCAGAGGCAUCUCUUGAACAUGAAGAGGGAAAGAUCCUGCGCAUCCAGCUUGAGUUGAAUCAGGUCAAGUCUGAAAUCGACAGGAAAAUUGCUGAGAAGGAUGAGGAAAUUGACCAGCUGAAGAGAAACCACAUCAGAGUCGUGGAGUCGAUGCAGAGCACACUGGAUGCUGAGAUCAGGAGCAGGAACGAUGCCAUCAGGCUCAAGAAGAAGAUGGAGGGAGACCUCAAUGAAAUGGAAAUCCAGCUGAACCACGCCAACCGCAUGGCAGCCGAGGCCCUGAGGAACUAUAGGAACACCCAAGGCAUCCUCAAGGACACCCAGCUGCACCUGGAUGAUGCUCUGCGGGGCCAGGAGGAUCUGAAGGAGCAGCUGGCCAUGGUUGAGCGCAGAGCCAACCUGCUGCAGGCUGAGAUCGAGGAGCUGCGGGCCACGCUGGAGCAGACGGAGAGGAGCAGGAAAAUCGCAGAGCAGGAGCUCCUGGAUGCCAGUGAGCGCGUGCAGCUCCUCCACACCCAGAACACCAGCCUAAUCAACACCAAGAAGAAGCUGGAGACAGACAUUUCCCAGAUCCAGGGAGAGAUGGAGGACAUCGUCCAGGAAGCCCGCAAUGCAGAAGAGAAGGCCAAGAAAGCCAUCACUGAUGCCGCCAUGAUGGCCGAGGAGCUGAAGAAGGAGCAGGACACCAGCGCCCACCUGGAGCGGAUGAAGAAGAACCUGGAGCAGACGGUGAAGGACCUGCAGCACCGUCUGGAUGAGGCCGAGCAGCUGGCACUGAAGGGCGGCAAGAAGCAGAUCCAGAAGCUGGAGGCCAGGGUACGUGAACUUGAAGGAGAAGUUGAAAGCGAACAGAAGCGCAAUGUUGAAGCUGUCAAGGGCCUGCGGAAACAUGAGAGAAGAGUGAAGGAACUCACUUACCAGACUGAGGAAGACCGCAAGAACAUUCUUAGACUCCAGGACCUUGUGGACAAACUACAAGCAAAGGUGAAGGCGUACAAGAGACAAGCAGAGGAAGCGGAGGAACAAUCCAAUGUCAACCUCUCCAAAUUCCGCAAGAUUCAGCACGAGCUGGAGGAAGCCGAGGAACGGGCUGACAUUGCUGAGUCCCAGGUCAACAAACUCCGUGUGAAGAGCCGGGAGGUUCACACGAAAAUCAUAAGUGAAGAGUAAUUCCUUCUACUGCUGCAAGGUGACCAAGAAAUGCACAGAAUGUGAAAAUCUUUGUCACUGUUUUGUAUUUAUGAUUUUUGGAGAUAAAAAAUUUAUCUACCAACAA